AUGCCUCGUACUUUUGUCUUCCAAACGACCCUGCCUUCUGCCCUGGACAAGGACGAGGCUGCCGCCGCUGUGGAGGAGGGGACACGCAGCAACAACAACAUGGAGAACAUGGAAAUUGCUGGCGGCAACUCGGAUAGCGAUGACAGCAAUGGUAACAAUUCCCCUCCUCCUCCUCCGUCCAAGGCCAAGGCAAUGUCCAAUUGGAUCCGCAACAAGUUUCAGACUUCGUUGCACGAUGUGAGUAAUAAUACAAACAGCGCUGGACAGAAAAGUAGUUAUGUGCCCUUGAGAUCGACGACGACGACGGCACGACGACCACGACGGUUUGAUUACAAUUAUACAUAUGAUUCUCAUAACAUUGAUGAGGAUGCUACACGACAGGUAAAACAGAAAUUGGCCCAAAGCAUGACGGAUCCCAUUGGCAGAAGCAGCAGUGGUAGUGGGGAUGACAAAGAAGAGGCAUCCUCUUCCUCUUCGACCGAAUCAUCAUCACCCGCACGACCCAAACAACGGCGGUCCUCGUCCUUCCAAAAAUUGUCGGGGAUUGAAGUGGAGAUUGAAUCCUCCACCGACAGGGAUGAUUGUCUCUACCGAAAACGAUAUCUCGACACCAUCUGGUUCCUCCAUAAGAAACAAAUCAUCCUCGCCGUUGCAUUCUUGUUUGUAUGGUUGUUGGGGAUCCUCAUUGGUGCUUGUGGCUCGGGACAGUGCCGUUCUUCCUCCUCCAGUCAGAUCGCAGCCAUUCAGAGCGUUGGAACCUCUUGCAGUGGAACGGGGCUAGACGAUUCUUCUUCUCAAGGCAACACCUUUCUGGGGAACAACAAUUCAAACGACAACAAUGUGCCUCAGUACGACGAGGCACCAACUCUGACCAACAAACCUCCCAGCAAACCAAGCAAUAAUGAAGAUGAACUCGUUGCCACACCCAUUAUUACAA